AUGGAGUGUGUUGAUCGAUUUUUGAUGUCUUGUGUUGGCUACUCGGUGGGAACGUUCAUAAUGGGAAUCAUGGACCGGCACAAUGACAACAUUAUGAUGACUCGCGAUGGCAAGAUAUUCCAUAUUGAUUUCGGCCACAUUUUGGGCCACGGAAAAACGAAGCUUGGAAUUCGACGUGAUCGUGUGCCGUUUGUGCUCACAGAGCAUUUUCUUUGUGUGAUUGGACAAGGUAGACCGGUGUCGAAGGAUAGCCAUGAAGUUACAAAAUUCAAGAAGCUUUGCUGCGACGCAUACAUGAGGCUUAUGGGAAGAACGCGAUCCUAUUUUCUUUCUUUAUUCACUGUAAUGCAAUCAAUGGAACUGCCGGAGCUGUCAACUGAAGCUGACUUGGAUCAUCUGAAGAGCACACUACGAGUAGCAUACCAUGAUGGUAUGAUGACAGAAGCGAGGGCGUUCUUCUCGGAGAUUUUCGACGAAGCCUUCAACGGCUCGUGGGCGACGAAAACUAACUUGGUUUUUCCAUGCCGUCAAGCACAUUUG